AUGACGGGAAUAGUCUGGGCUUUGUUGACUCUCUGCGUGUUCUCGGCAAGGUGCGGCUACUGCACCAAGCAAGAAAUUCACGACAUCUCGGAGAAGGAAUGCAGAGAGGGGAAGGUUUCGUUGCCGCUGCCGGCAGACCAGGACACGCUGGUUUUCAAAUGCGGCAACAAGUUCCCUAAACUCGAUCCUGUUGGAGGGGACACUGUCUACGAGGACGAGACCAAGAUAAAGGAGCAGGCGACUCAGCUGGGCGCGCUCCUGUCCGGUGCUACUCUUAAGCCUGACGCCAGCACGCAAACCAACACCCUUCAUGUUACGGAACGAAAACAGGAAAACGUCAAACUUGUCUACGUUUGUAAAAAAGGCGCAUCAAGUGCCGGAGCUCACUCGCUUUCUGAGCGAUUGCACGAGGUUGACGAGCGGGAGGGACUAUCUGGAUCGUCUCCCGACCAGUGUAUUGUGAUUAUCAACGUCGAUGGAAAACCCCAAACAGCCCAUCCUGACGUCAACCUUGAGAAGCCUCACCCAGAACACCAAAGCCAAGAAACACCGGCGCCAGACACAGUCUACACCUGCUCUCCGGGACAUGACGCAGAUAUUGUCGUCUCCAAGCCCAACGCUGACGUGAAGCUGAAGUGCGCGGAUUACCCCAAACUCACUCUGAAGCCUGCAGAAGAGCUGAAUGCGUUCAACGGCCAGGAUGGCAAAUGCGGCGAGGUGAAGCCUCUGGCUACGCUUGCGCCUGGGGUGAAGAGAACAACGCCGAGUGAGGACGGCACGUACACCCUGAGUGUUUCCAGUCUGCCGGCCGGUUCUGAGUCGAAGGCGUUUUGUUACCGUUGCGAGGCUGAGGCUGGGCUGUCUGGGAAGGAGGCUGGUCAGGCGUGUGAGUUCCGCAUUACGGUGAAGCCUGAUGGUGCAGAUGAGUCCGGCGUUAGUCGAGUGAACGGUUCGAGCGUCGGUUUCACCUCAGCUGCUGUUUUUGCUGUGGGAGUGUCUACUGGCUUCUACUGA